UUUGUUGCUAUCAGACAAUCGGGAAUACGAGGAGAGAGUCGAUCAUGGCUGCUUCCUUGGUACGAUGGCUAAAGAGACUGUGCGUUUUCUUGCUGAUAUGUCCCCUAUGUGUCCCGGCCUUCUUGAAUUUGGAAGAGUUGAACGAGAUGAAAUACGGGAUUCAAAUUCUUCCCGAUCCCGUCAUCCUGGGGCAGACCAAGACAGAAGAGGUUAUGAUGGUGUCCAGCAAGUACAAGCAGCUGUAUGAGUGUCGACUUCCAGCUCAGGCUGUCCGGUUUCACCAGGACCCAGCUUCUGAGCCUGACUCACAAGGAUACACUGGGCCUGACAUCCCAGACCUACUCAGUCCAAUGCACACUGCCCCGUGUCUAGUGAAGACAAAAGACUGGUGGACAUAUGAGUUCUGUCACGGUCAGCAUAUCAGACAGUACCACCUUGAAGACACAGAAAUCAAAGGGGACAUUCUCUUCCUGGGUUAUUAUGAGUCUGAAUUUGAUUGGAGCAAUGAAACAGCAAAGGCCUCCAAACAGCACCGACUGAAGCGCUACCACAGUCAGACCUAUGUAAAUGGCUCUAAGUGUGACCUGAAUGGAAAUCCCAGAGAGACUGAAGUCCGGUUUGUAUGUGAAGAAGGCUCAGGUGACUACAUCGCCCGAGUGGAUGAACCCCAGUCGUGCCGCUACGUGCUCACAGUUCACACAAGUCGCACCUGCCAGCAUCCAUUCCUGCGCCCACCAUCUACUGCCAAGCCCCAGGGUAUCGUAUGCCAGCCAGCACUCAGUGCCCAGCAGUACAUGGACUACGUCAAAGCUCAAGUCUCGGACACAAAGCGUAAAGUAGAGCAGAUCUCAGAGGAGCUUAGGAGCCUUGAUGAGAUGUUGGCUGGUAACGAAGGGGCAGAUGGAGCAGUAGAAGUAACAGCAGAAGAGACAUCUCCCGCAUCCAGUGAUGACCCAGAACCGUCAGACAGAAAAGAGACUGCAGAUGUAUCUGAGAACACUGCGUCAGAAGAGGCAGAAGAUUCUCACUUCUGGGAGGAAGUUCCAAAAUCAGAGAGUUCAAAAACAUCUACUUCUCAACAGGAGAGUCAGGCAGAUGAUGGCUAUAACUCACUUACAGACAAUGAAGUCAGAGAUGAUGGCGAUGAAGACCCAGCAGACCUGAUGAAAUUUGUCCAACACCUUAAGGAGAGUAACAGGAAGAAAGCACAAAACCAAGCCACAAGUCGAGCAGAGAAACAAACAAGCGACAGAGUAACAGAGAAGCACAGCGAGGAAGAGAAAGAUGAAGAUGAACAGCUGCUACAGGAGUUUGAGGAUGAGAUGGCUGACCUCUCAGUGCCGUCGGAUAAGAUUGAGGAGAUAAAGGAAGAAAUGCAGAAAGAGUUUGACAACAUCAUAAAUGAGGCUCAGCAGGAAUUGGAGACAGAGGGGCUAAAAGGGGAGUUCGAUCGCACUCAAGCCACACAGACACUGGAGACGACACUGGAUAAACUACUUGACCAUUUGGAGGAGAAAGACGUCCAGGAUCCGGAGCAGCAAACAGCAGGAGUUCAAAGAGCCAGCGAUCCGACCAGGGGCAGCCCCAGCCUGGCUCCAAAGCAGCCAGACCAAGCAGCUGACGACCAUGUUAAGAUCAAAAUUACUAAGUAUAAGACGGGCAGCAGCCCUGAUGGGGAGGUCAAAGUUCAGGAGAUGGGCGAAGGAGAUCCCCAGUGGCAGCACAUAAAGGACGUGGUUAAAGAACAGCUAGAGAAAGCAGGACUGAAGGCCGAAGGUAAAAUUGAGGUGAAGAUCUUGACACGAAAGAAUGCAGAGGAGGCAGGUGAUCAAUGGCUGACUGAAGAAGAUACAAAGUCCUUCAGGGAGCUCCUGAUAAAUCUCCUGACUGGAGGCACAGAAGAAGUCUACAAGGAGCAAAAGAGGCAGCAGGAGUUGGAGAACAACUACAGGUUUGUGUGGGGAGAGUCCCAGGAGGAGUCCCAGUCAUCCAGCACCUCUGACUCUGACGACGUGGACAUAUGAGCUCAUUCAGUACAUCCAGUGCACCUUUUGUGAUGGUGAACUCCUGUGGAGACCGGCAGGGAGGGGGGAGCUCUGAAGUGCAGCCACAAAUUUGAAAAAGAGACCAUAUGAUUCAAUCAUUGCUAUUAAACCUGGCAGAUAAUAUCAACUCACCUGUUUGCACAGUCAGAAAAUGUGUCUCUGUGUCUUGAAUAGGCAAUACGUGUCUUUAGUGGGCACCAUUUAUGUUGCACGAUAAAACCGCAGUGUCAGCGGUAAUUGUGCAGUUGAAUGAAGUUAUGCAUUUUCCCCUUUUUGAUGGGAUUCAGUUUUCAUAGAUGGCUGGAAAAGCCAGGUGAUGUACAAAAUGUACCUUUUUAGAAAUAUUUCAGUGAGUUUUACUGAAUAUUUGCAUCCAGUUCUGAAGUUAUCAGCAGUACACUGUGCGUCCACAGUUCAAUUACUUCUUGUGUUUGUCUUAAACGUAUGUUGACGUUGACAAAGAAGUCCUUACCUCUGUGUGACACAGCUGGGCGAAAUGUGCAUGCCUCAACAAACUGGAUGAGUGUUUACACAGUGGUUUCAUUUACUAUUUCCCUCGAGGUAUGAUUGUGUCUGGAUAUGAAAAACAAAGGACAAACACUCAAGGGUUCACAUUUGACUUCCCACCUGUCUUUGAAGCCUUCUGACACGUUGUGUUUGGUGAUUAAAUUACCAGUAAACACAAUUGUAGAUUACAGACGUGUUUGUGCACAUGCUGUCGCACUUUAUAUUUUUAGAAAAAGGUUCUGUAAACGCUGAAUUAUACAUUAUUUCUUUUUGGGUUUCCCUUGGGCUGGCAUUUGUACUGCUCAAAAGAAAAACACUGAAAGGAAUGUCGGAAGAUGAAACUUUUUAAAUGUGUACUUUGCUUUUGUUUCUAAUAAGAAUUUACCUUGCUUAAUUUAGUAAGUUUAGGGAAACAAAGAAAGCUACAAUGUCAAUCAGAUUACCAAAAUAAUGAAUCCACACAAAGUUUUUGUAAUGAUCCUUCAGAGGUGUACUUAAAAGGGCUGAAUUUGUAUAGUUUGUGAAUAAUUGUGGCUCCGUGGAUCUCAACAUGUACAUAAUUUCUGUGUGAAUCUGUUUUUUGAAGUGAACUGUUGUAUGUUAGCACAAAUUUAGUGGGGCUUGACUUACCUGACUGAAUACGUUUGUGACUGUGCAAUCUUGUAUAUGAAACUUAAUUUUAGACUGCGGGUCAUAUACAAAGUUUUUCAGACACAUGAUUGGGGCAUUCUUAAAGAAACUGGUGUCAAGAAAAGAUGUAGGUGUUGUGGGUGUGUUUCUUUACUUGGACAACUGGAUUAAUGUUAUCUCAUCUGGGGCCUGUAUCACAAAGUGAUACAGUGGAUUAGUCAGCUGUCUCUGGGCUGAACCCAGUAUUUGCUGUAUUAUGAAGCUGACUCAUGGCUAGAUAGGAAAAUCAAGAGUUGUCAGUUAAGCCUACUGAUAACUGGCUUCAUGAUACCAGUUAUCCAUUAACACCAAUGUUAGCCUCAGUUAACCCAAAUACAGCCAGACUAAGUUGAAUCUGCUCCGUGAUACAGGCCCCAGAUCCAUCAUGUGGCUUGAAUGGGGGGAAAAAAAUCCCUAUGAUCACAGGUGUGCCAUCAACCUGUCCUAUGAUUACAAAGUGUGCCAUAACACUCAUGUUUCUCUGCAUCACACACUGAGCAUCACCCCUCAGCUGCACACAUUAUUUGUAAAUGAUGACAACUUAAUGUAGAAGCAGAGAAGACAAGAUGAGUUGAUUACUGUGUCCUUUAACGGAGCUAUUUAAGGAGCAACACCUCAUGACUUCAAGGUCUGAAAAGAUUUUAGGUCCAUCUGAGCUGCCUUGUAAAUAAAAGUCUUUGAGCACUCUUCAUUUGUUCUUUUGAAAUAAAACAAAAUACCAUAGAAGUCA